AUGGUUGUAGAACACAAAGAGUUUACUAAAGCUGGAGACAAAGAUUUACAGAUUUGGAGAAUCGAAAAUAUGGAGUUAGUGCCAGUUCCAGAAAAUUUGUAUGGGAACUUCUAUGUUGGAGAUGCAUACAUAGUGCUGAACACAAUAAAAAGACCCUUUGGAAAGGCAUUUAAUCUUCACUAUUGGCUUGGUAAUGAAUGUACUCAAGAUGAGAGUACAGCUGCAGUUAUAUUUACUGUUCAGCUGGAUGAGUAUCUUAAAGGAAUUCCUGUUCAAUACAGAGAACUGCAAGAACAUGAGUCUAACGUUUUUCUUGGGCAUUUCAAAAGUGGAAUUAAAUACCAGGCUGGCGGUAUUGCUUCAGGCUUCAAGCAUGCAGUCACAAAUGAUGUGAGUGCACAACGACUUCUGCACAUCAAAGGAAGGAGGGUUGUCAGAGCUAAAGAAGUUACAUUUAACUGGUCCAGCUUCAACAAUGGUGACUGCUUUAUAAUCGAUGUUGGUGCGGACAUUUAUCAGUGGUGUGGUAGCAAAUGUAACAAAUAUGAGAGGCUCAAGGCUUCACAAGUUGCCACUGGUAUUCGGAACAAUGAAAGACAAGGAAGAGCUAAUCUCACUGUUGUAGAAGAAGGAAAUGAACCAACAGCUCUCAUUAAGAUAUUAGGUCCCAUGCCAAAACUGCCAGAGGGAGAAGAUGAUACAGAUGAGGUAGCAGAUAUCACCAACAGAAAAAAAGCAAAAUUGUACAUGGUGUCUGAUGCCAGUGGUUCCAUGGAAAUAACUGUGGUUUCCGAGGCAAGCCCAUUCUCCAUGUCUAUGCUUAAGACUGACGAAUGCUUUAUUUUGGAUAGUGCUGAUAACAAGAUAUUUGUUUGGAAAGGUAAGGGAGCCAAUGUGAAUGAAAGAAAGACUGCAAUUAAAACUGCUGAAGAAUUUAUUACAAAGAUGAAUUACCCUGCUACUACACAGAUUGCAGUGUUUCCAGAAGAAGGUGAAACUCCAAUUUUUAAGCAGUUUUUUAAAGACUGGAAGGACAAACAUCAAAGUGAAGGAUUUGGGAAAGUUGUUAAGGGGUCAAUAGCAAAUGUUAAGCAAGUUCCAUUUGAUGCCUCAAAGCUGCAUUCUUCUCCUCAGAUGGCCGCCCAGCACAACAUGGUGGAUGAUGGAUCUGGAGAUGUAGAGAUUUGGCGUGUGGAAAGCACUGGAAGAGUUCCAGUUGAUCCUGAGACCUAUGGCCAAUUCUAUGGAGGAGAUUGUUACAUUAUACUAUAUAGUUAUCGAAAAGGAAAGAUCAUUUAUAACUGGCAAGGGGCGUAUGCCAGCAGAGAUGAGAUAACGUGUUCAGCGUUUCUCACAGUGCAGCUGGACCGUUCCAUGCAAGCUGGGGCUGUUCAGAUUCGAGUUACCCAAGGAAAGGAGCCAUCACAUUUACUCAGUAUAUUCAAAGACAAACCUCUUAUUAUAUACAAAGAUGGUACUUCUAGAAAGGGAGGCCAAGCACCUCCUCGUCCCAUACGUCUGUUUCAAGUCCGCAAGAACUUAGGAUCUAUUACAAGGAUAGUAGAGGUGGAUGCUGAUGCAGGCUCAUUGAAUGCAAACGAUGCUUUUGUUCUCAAAUUUCAAAAGAAUUCUGCUAUUAUAUGGGCAGGAAAAGGUGCCAAUGAAGAUGAGUUAAAAGGAGCUGAGUAUCUGGUAAAACUUCUAAAACUCAAUGGAUCAAAAAUCCAAGAAGGCAGAGAACCAGAUAUUUUCUGGUCAACCCUUGGAGGUAAAAAAGAAUACCAGACAUCACCUUUACUUGAAACACAAUUUGAAAAUCACCCAACAAAAUUAUAUGGUUGCUCCAAUAGAUCAGGGAGGUUUGUGAUUGAAGAGGUGCCCGGAGAAUUUACACAAGAUGAUUUAGCUGAAGAUGAUGUAAUGAUGCUUGAUGCUUUUGAACAGAUUUUCCUGUGGAUUGGAAAAGAUUCAAAUGAUGUAGAAAAAAAGGAAUCUUUGGUGUCAGCCAAAAAAUAUCUUGAGACGGAUCCUUCUGGAAGAGACAAAGGCGUUCCUAUUGUUAUUGUGAAACAGGGUUUUGAGCCUCCAACCUUUACUGGCUGGUUUAUGGCAUGGGAUGCCCAGCGAUGGCAGAACUGAAAUAUUGCUUAUAUAGCACCUAUCAAACUAAAUAAAUGUGCAACUUCAGAUAUA